AUGCCUACUCCGAUCACCCUAGCAAGCACGCAGCUUCAAUCCCGCCUCUUUCGCCUACCUAGGGAACUUCGAGAUCUCAUCUACUACCAUUACCUAUACAACGAAGCAGGCCUUACCUACAAUUUCUACACGAACAAACUACAUGUCAAUCUGUCGCUAAUGUACACAUGCCGUGCGGCCGCGCUCGAGCUUCGAGGCCUUGCUCUGCGGCUUAACAAGGUCGUGUUCUGCACAACCUAUCCGAAUGCUACGCGAGCAACUUCGGGCAUAUUUCACAAGGCCUUCGACAAAUUACACGUCCUUAAAUUCGAUCUACUCAACCUCCAAGCUCCACAUCUAAUGACUGAAGCAAUCAAAAAAGAGGUAUCCCUCAAGUAUCCACAGUUCUCACCGGUCCUAGCGACACUAGGAACAGGUUACUGCCGGAGCACCUUGGGAGAGCCAGCCUCGACAUUCCGCGACUUUGUUCAUUUCACUUUGAACCUCUUGUAUGACCGCAAAUACAAUCCUACACUGGGCGGCAAACGUUCGGAACGCCGACGCCGAAGUCUCCGAAAAAUAAACCCAGAGCCCUGGUCAACGCCCAACGAAGGCAGACUCCCACGUGGUCAAGAGGGAGAGUUCGGCUAUUCCACCCGGUGCUACAGGCGCGACCUUGCAGUUACGCUCGACCGCGAACUCCAGCAACUAGCUGACGUAACAGUGACUCCUGAUCGCGUUGAGCGUGUGAAGUACUGCUUGUCCGCAGCAGCAUGCGCAAUACGUUUCCUGAGGUCCCUCCGUGCCGAAACGCGCGAACACGUGCGAAAUGUUGAGCUCAUCGAGAACCGAGAGUCUAUCGCAUUCCCAGAAUGCCACGGCAGGGGUUUUAUACCGUUCUGCCGUGAGCAACCAAAGUUGCGCGUUCAUAGGCGUGUCAGUCUCUGGAGAAACGUGUUCCCCGUAACCACUGGAUUAAGUUACAGCAUAGGCGGGCAACGCUUGAAAGACGAUCGGCUUGUCUCCAGCUACGUCUCAAGCGCGGUCGCGAAGUGGAUGGCAGAAGCGUCUGCAUUACCCUCCCUAGGUAUGCCCGAGGGCUCUUUCAAGCUAACCCUCGAAUGCGACUCCGCGCCCGAAGAGACGACAGAGGUCUUCAACGUCGUACAGCGCGAUGCCGCCUGGCAAACUGCCCUGGACCUGAGUUACGCACGGCAUCUCCUACCACAGCCCGAUUGGCGCAUUCGCAGACUCCGCAGCGCAUACCUAUAUGAGGCCUUCCCCAAGCUGCUAGAGCAAGUCACCAAUGGCGACCACCCUUUUAUACAUUGCGAUUUCCACCCAGGCACAGUGUGCGAUCCGGAGGACAUAAUACGCGAGCGGAGGGGCGACUCAUCGCAACAAUGGCAUCAAGCCUGGUUCAAUUAUACGCCUGGAGAGUUCCAAACACCCGCCAACAUGCCGCCGUGGCACAAACUACGCGCUGGCUAUAUAGUUUGGGAUGUUUAUGGAGGAGCGCGAUAUCACUGA